CUAAUUAUGACAUGAAUGGUGGAUUUGAAAGUGCUUCGAGCGUGCUAAUGCUCCAAAUAAAAAUUAUAAAAUACCUAUGUCAAGUAACGAAAAUGUGUCCAUAGAUAUCAAAUAUUUGUAGUGAAAAACUCCCAAUUUGUGAUUCUGGUAACGAAGUUGUCCGUUGUGCCGUGGAUUGGUACGGACUUUCGGUGAGCCUUUGAAGCAAGUGUAUGCAGAAUGUCAUCGGUAGCAGCUGGCAAUUUGGGUUCGUUACUACCAUCCGCGAUCCUAGCCAAUGGAGGAACGCUAGCAAGCACUAAAGGGGUAUCUGUUGCUACGGGUGAAUCUGGUGUUAUCCAGGGUAAAUCUACGUCAUGUUUCAGUGGUGAUAAACAUGAAUCAUGGCAGAUGGAACUGCUGAUGGAACGGUUGCGAAAUAAAGCUAAGUCUUCACAGUACAAAUCAUUUCAGGAAAUGUCUAAAUCUGUUCGAAUGUCAUUGUUGGAAAAACGCUAUGCCUUAGAUGUUGUGGAAAAAUCUAAUUUGCAGAAAACAUUAGAUAGUAUGCAGUAUUGCAUCAAAGUUACAUCUCGACAAGGGUUAGUUGAACGCUUGGAUUGUCUUACUAGACAGCUUGGCCUUAAAUUGAGUGAAGAUACUUCUGGACUGUUCAUAUCUUCCGAUAUGUUUUUCUUGGAAAUUAUACUCGAUUUAAACGGCACGGUUCAAGAUGUAAAAGUCCAUCAUGAAUGUAAAAUGCGACAGCAGAGCUGCAGUGAAUUGGUGUCAUGCUUACAGAGAGGUGAUUUUGUGGACUUUACCACUCAACUGGAAGGUCUCGCUUCGAUUUAUCAGUUAAAUGCAGAGAAAAAAAUUAAAGUAAAUGCCUUUGUGGCAUUGCAGGCUUUAGAAACCGAUUUGUAUAAUCUGUACUCACUGUCUAAGCAGCAUUUUACUGAUAUACACACUUUGUUGUUAAAAUCGCCUCUUGGGGUGGUACAAAAACGGCGAGGGGGUCAUCCUAUGAAGCUGACCUAUUUUGUAGCGCCCUACGAUUUGCUAGAUUUAGAAUCUCGCAAAAUGAAACCAUUAAGCAUUGAGCUUAUCUUGUCCGAAAAAAUCGGCUACAGUGUGACUGUCAGUUUGGAAGCUUCAACUGCAAAUAAGUUACAGAUUCAACCACUAUUGGUUCAGCAAGGAAACUCACCUGUGUACAGUCCAAUUGAGAAGCAUAAUUCGACUUCACUACCGGCCAUGUUUGUUCUCAGAUUUAGUAAACCUAUGGCGCUGAAUUCAACGUUACUGAAGCAGAUUAAACUAAUCACUGGAGAUGGUUCAACUGUGGCAUCCGAAGGUGCAGUAGAUAUAGGAAGCCCCACCUGUUUGAUUAGCUUAAUCGUGCAACUUGAGACGAACGGCGUUGUGGAUGAUAUUACCAAGGGUCUGUUCGUGACUAUGCCCGACCAGUAUCAUUGUUAUUACAUGACGACCAAUAAAAAUCUUCAGGGUACAGUGAUUAGCAGUAUUCCGUUCACUGAACCUCAGCACGUGUCCAAGGCGCUGAUACUUUUGCGUCAACAAGCUCUCUUCAACCAGCUACUGACUAGUUGCAUUCGAAACAACGGUUCUAGUAACUCCCGUAUGCACGACCACGAGGAUUUACUGGUGUUUGAAGUGGCUGCAUUAUCAUGUCAGUAUCUGAGCGUGUCGUUGGAGCAUCCCUUUGAAGAGUCACUGGCAACGGUUGAGUUCGAUCUGAGGAAUACUCUUACCAUCCAGGUGCGCGUAUUUUGCAAUGGGUAUGAGUGUGACGAACAAACGUCGGAGCGAAUUUCACUCGUCGUACAACGUACAAUGUCAAUUCCGGUGACGUUGAGAGCACUGUUCCGCAUUUGGGAAGAGGAGUACGAGGCCAAGUUCAAGGGAAAACUAUCGAACGGUUCGGUGAAUGCAGUUUGUAGUGGUGGUGGCGGCGGUUCAGGCAACGGUAGCAAUGGUAUGGAUGAAGGAAAUUUUAGUUUGUCCAUGGGACCAGACGAGGGCGGAGGGAGUGGACCUAGUGGAACUGGCGGCAGCGGAAUACAAAGGCUGGAAGGACAGCAUAAUGGUGGUUUAAAUUCGAAUGGAGGAGGUGGAAGUGGUAUGAUGCAUCAGGAGUCCUUGGAUACCAGCAAGGGGAAGUUGGAGUUGACAGAUCAAUCAAAAAGACCACGUGGAGAGGAGGAUUUUUGUAGAAGCCCAAAGAGUAGUUUGAUAAAGCCUGGAGAGAAAGAGAUCGAUGAGGAAGAAGGCGAUGAUGAUGAUUAUGACGAGUCUACAAAUUUAAGCAGUUGUGACUCGAAUAACUCUUUGGGUGGGAAGUCUAACAUUACAGUAUAUCAGAAGUCAUCAUCAUCGCCGAUAACAGGAGUCCCCGAUAUGGAAUCACCGGUUUUGGCUACUGGAAGCAUGAAUGUAGGAAAUAAUCUUUUCAUUAAAAAUGAAGAUUAUUCUAAUGUGGAUCCUGAUUUGACACGUUCGUCGAACAGUUCGGAUCUCGAAGAUGCGACUGAUGUAGGAGACCAGUCUAGAUGUCGUGCGGCCGAGGAGAAACCAUCUUUCACUUCAUCGUCGGUGAGCAUUACUCCCAUCACUGCAAAUAAUACCGUCCUAAACAACAUUACUGUAGACAAAAGAAUGGGCGUAGAAAUAAUUCCAUUGGCUAAUGCAACUGCCAAUAUGUCGUCCUCAGUUACAAUCACACCGCUUCCAAUGGUAUCUUCUGCAACGAUGAAAAGUGGUACAAAUGAGAGAAAGUACAGCACUGCGACUAGCGGUGGCCUAAUUCGAAAAAGCAGCGACUCGGAUCGGGCAAAACUUGAAAAGAAAAAAAAACGCAAACACGAGGAACAGAUGGCCUAUCAAUUGCAAAUGGGACCACCUCAUAAAAUUCCGUCGAAAUCUGUUGAUGGACCAGCGUCUCCAUCCGGCAACAAGAAGUUCUCCGUGUCUCCAAUUUCACCGAAAAGCAGUAGUACUGGCGGUGGCGUUUCAGGACAAAUAAUUUUAUCUGGUGGGAGUCCUAGCCAGAUGUCAAAAUCCAGUCCAAAGCAUUCUCCAGGAAAUCACAGUAGUCCAAAGCAUCAGGGAAACUUUGGAACAUCCUCGCCAAAGCACGUUUCUGGCGGGGGCUCUGGUGGGGGUAAACCAAGUAUGUCUGCACUGAAAUCCGCUGCAAGUGGAAAUUCACCUAGUUCAAAAACCUCAUCUAGUUUGAUAAGCAGUGGAAAAGACGAUAGUGUAUGUCCAACGUCUUUAUUGUCAGGAACGGGGGGAUCAACUGUCAAAAGUAGCGGAAGUGGUUCGGUUUACAAAGAUCGCGAUCGAGAACGAAGCGAUAAAAAGGCCGUAUAUUCGACGUCUUCCAGUUCUUCGAGUCCGAAGUUGAAGUUACCCGCUGUUAAGUUAAAACAGCUGGAUUUGUCGGGUUGUGGCGCUUCAUUAAGCACGGGCGUGCAACUGGAACUGAUGAAUAGCAACAGUAGUGGGGGUAGUAGCACAGGAAGCGGUAGUAUUGAUUUUACCGAUAGUAGCAUGUAUACGUCUGGUGCGACUGACCUGUCAAAAAAUGCAUCUUCUGCUUCAUCCGCCAGUAUGCUAUUGCUCCAGCAAGCCAUGAAGCAUCGAAAAGGCUCUCUAAGCGCUGUGAUCGAUAAAUUGAAAUCAGCUCAAAGUGGUGAUGAAAACUCGCUAAUGCUGCUUCCGGAAUUGGUUCACCAUGCCGGUUUAGUCCUGAAAGAAGCAUCCCUCAAAACUAGUUCUUCUUCGACGACAACUACAACCCCAACAUCAGUUUCAAACCACUCUGGCUCAUUCUCAUCGGGAUCAUCAUCAGCGUCAGCGGCGACGGCAUUGGCAGCACAUUUGUCUGCAUUGCAGGGAAAAAGUUCGGAAUACAUGGUGAAACCAAGCUCUGAUGGUAUCAAGCUUACCAUUCAAAAUAAGAAGGGUUCAUCGAAAAGUCACGGUGGCUUCUCUUCAUCCGGUUCGAAAAGUAGUUUAAAAUCAAGGCUAAAACCGGGUGUAUCUAGCGGACCAAUCUCGAAAAAACAACAAGGUCCAUUAUCUUUCAGUGGGAACUUUCCGUCAUCCGGUAGUGGGAAAACGUCCACUUCACUAUCGUUUUCAAAAUCACAAUUUCAAAAAUCAAGUUCAUCAGGAUCCUUAUCUAGUUCAGGUGGUAGCGCAUUGAAGUCAUCGAUCAACAAGUCUGGUUCCGGCAAUGGUAGCAGCAGUAACAAAGAGAAACAGCGAGCAGGUUCGAAAGCUUCUUCCUCAAUGAUGGCUACGAAUGCCGCAAUGGCAGUAGCAGCCGCUCAGGCAGCGGCCAAUCUGAAUGUUAUGAAAAUGCUUGGUUUUACUUCAUCAAUUCCAAAUAUGGAAGGUUUCGUCAAAACUCUAGAUAAAAAUUUUCAAAUUCCAAAACUAUCUGCACGAUCUAGCAGUGAUUUAGACAAGCUGAAGGAUUCCCGACCAGCUUCUUCUUCUUCUGCUCCGAACACACCAAUUUCCAACGUGUCCCAAUCGCCCACUGGCAGUCAGGAUUUUACACUUCCAUUCAAUAAGUUACCCGGGGACGCUUCACCUCUCCAUUCGGCCAUGUUACCAAACAUGGUGCAGAAAAUGUUAUCCGCCCAUGACAUGUUACGGAGAUCUCCGAAUUUAGACCACCAAACCUCGAGCAAUAGUCGUGAUGGUUUUUCUUCUUUGUAUGCAAAAGGAUCUUCUGGAGGUAGAACGACCCCAACAAUUACUAUCCCUCCACCGUUUCCCUCACCAGUUGGCCUACAGGGUCAUGCGAUGGAUUUUUCUAGCAGCAACGAUUCCGUCGAUGCCGCAACUAGCAACAAUCUGAUGCGGCCACCAUCCCGUCCCAGUAGUACUAUGUCCAAUCAUAGUUCGUCGGAUAAACUAAUUGAUGCCACUGUAGGCAGCAAUUCGAUGGACGGUUUAACGACAACAUCAGCAGGAUCAUCGUCACAAGCACAAGCUUUGGCUGCGGCUGCUGUUGCAGCUCAGCUGAUCAACAAGUUUGACAAUACUCAACAACUAGUUGCUGUUUUAAAAAAUCAUCAUCUAGCAGUAGCUGCGGCAGCUGCCGCUGCUUCUGGUUCCGCCGGUCCGGGACCGGUCACUUCACCGGCAUCAGUUUCAGUGCAUAUCGUAAAAUCACCUGCUCCGAGUCCUCUCCCAUUACAUGGUGGUAUUGGUGGUGGUAGUGGUGGUACAGUAAACGACGAACUGAUGGACGAUACUCUGAUCGGAAUUGGUGGGAAAUGACCGUUACUUCUUAUGUUGUAAAUAUGUGUUGUUGGGGAACACAGAUCAUUGAUUGUAUCGAAUCAAAGGUAAACCAGGACUACCAAGUAAAAUUGUACGCCAGUCGUACGUUCCGAGUGACACCAUUAUUAUUUUAUUUCACGUCUUCAGUCUAGUUUGUAAGCGAGUACGCGAACCGUUUCGAGUUUAAAUGGAUAGCGAAUAUUUUCAAUUGGUUUUUUUCCUCAUUACAGCAGCUUAGAUUGUUUCUUAUUCAUUGAACGCGUGCAGUAGAAUAUUAGGCAAAACAAACAAAUGAAAAAGAUGAGCUACUUUAGGCGAAAUAAAUUUGUGUGUAAGAAACGAAUGAUGUCAAAUUUCCUGGGAAAUCGAAAGAAUAGGUAAAAUGAAAUAAUUUAGAGAAGUUUUUAUUUAGUGCGUAUUAAAAUUAGUAUUAAAACUUUCGGAAUAUCUGUAAUAUUGUCAUUAUUUCCAUCUGAUAGAUUAAGGCCCCUGAAAUAGUUUGCUGUACACAACCGACAUUUUUUCAAUGCCGGGAAUUGGUUUGUUUUUUUUUCAAGACGAAUUUAUGUUUAUAUUGUAUUCAAAAAAUUCUGGAUGAAUAAAAUAAUGGAAAAUAAAA